AUGGGUCUCCUUUACAGUACCUACCUUGACCAUCCACAACAGCGUGAACGCCACAUCACAACCUAUACAUGCAACCGCUGCCGAACACAUCUCCUGAUGAGCAACUACAUCUUAUCCAGUGAUUUCAGCGGCCGGACAGGCGACGCUUUUCUUGUCAAAUAUGUGGUCAAUGUUACCGAGGGAGAGUUGCAGCGACGCAAGAUGACCACGGGCGUUUAUGAGGUGCGAAACAUUACAUGCCACCAGUGCAAUAAUUUGGUCGGGUGGCGUUAUGUACACGCAGAGCUGCCCCAGCAAAAGUACAAAGAAGGAAACUACAUUUUGGAGAUUAACUGCAUGUAUGCUAAUGGCCCCGAAAGCUGA